AUGGCAACAGAGGACCGAGAGAUGAUGGGAGCACGUGGGGCAGGAGAAAGUUGCCCCACCCUCUCCAAGGUGGCACCUGGUGACAACAUGCCCGAAGGGAAGUCAAAGGCCUCUUUGGAUGCAGAACCCCUAAAGUUAGAAAUGCCCAUCCUGGAAGAGAAUGAAACUUGUGAAGACAGAGAUUGCCCAGGGACCCCUAAGUCACUAUCCCCAAAGUCUGGCCAUACCACCAAGGGUCAGGCUGGUGACGGACCUGGACUGGAACCCGUGGAGCUGCCCCUGCCCCUGGAGACAGAACACCACAAUGCGAUGGAACUGGAGAAGGUGCGCAUGGAGUUCGAGCUGACACGCCUGAAGUAUCUGCACCAGGAGAAUGAGCGGCAGAGGCACCACGAGGAGGUGAUGGAGCAGCUGCAGCAGCAGCAGCAGGCUUUGCCUCGCCAGUUCUCGGGAGGCCUCCAGGACCUCUUGCUCCCCCAGAACCAGUUUGCCAUGUUCCUGUACUGCUUCAUCUUCAUCCACAUCAUCUACGUGGCCAAGGAGAUGGUCUUCUUUCUCUUCUCCAAGCAUUACCUGUUCUGUCUCGCAGCCAUCUUGCUGUGUUUGAUUAAAACCCUGUGGUCCUACUUCCAAGUGCCUUUGCGUCUUCCACCAAUGGCAGGACUCCUCCCCGCCCAUUGUAACCUGUUUGAUGGCGCAGCUGCCAGCUGCUGCCACCUGUGCGUGCAGACACUUGGCCAGGCCACUGCCUUCAGCCUGCUUCUCACUGUGAUGACCAAGGAGAAUUACAAUUCUGAGACAUGUCCAGGACUCUUGAUGUGGGAACUGAGCCUGCAUUAUCCAGGUGGGCGCAAUAUCGUAACAGGUGUGGGGAGCCAUCCUCAAGAGAUCAAAGUAAAUAAUUCCCUGCAGCAGGGCUGUUCACCAGUCUCCAAACAGAAGAGGGCUCAGUGGAGCCCAGAAGCAAAAUUGCAAGCUCUAUACAACAAAGAAGAGGAGCUUAAACCCCCCCCCACACACACACAGCAACUAACUCCCCCUUGCUGGCCCCAGCAGGGACUGUCACCGGCUCAGCUCCCAGCAGCCCAAGCAGCAGGAUGGCCAGUUCUGGCACUGGGAGCCACAUGA